AUGGCAUCACCUUCGGCGCCAGCGCCCAGCAGCGAUGCCGGGAACAAGCCGUCUCAGCCUGUCGCCAUUGUGUGCGUUGGCAUGGCCGGGUCGGGCAAGACGACGUUUAUGCAGCAGAUCAACGCCCACCUCCACGGCAAGAAGGAGCCGCCUUAUGUGAUCAACCUCGACCCAGCGGUAACGCACGCGCCGUUUGAGAGCAACAUCGACAUCCGCGACUCGGUCAAUUACAAGGAAGUGAUGAAGCAGUACAAUCUGGGGCCGAACGGAGGCAUCCUGACGUCGCUGAAUCUCUUCGCGACGAAAGUCGACCAGGUCGUGGACCUGCUGGAGAAGAGGACGACGCCCGACCCGGCGAACCCGGCGCGCAAGCCAAUCACAAACAUCAUAGUCGACACGCCCGGCCAGAUCGAGGUGUUCGUGUGGUCUGCGUCGGGAACCAUCCUGCUCGAGUCGCUGGCCUCGUCCUUCCCUACUGUCAUCGCAUAUAUUAUCGAUACGCCGCGCACGAGUUCGACGUCGACGUUUAUGAGCAACAUGCUCUACGCGUGCAGCAUCUUGUACAAGACGAAGCUCCCCAUGAUCCUCGUGUUCAACAAGACCGACGUGAAGGACGCGUCGUUUGCCAAGGAGUGGAUGACGGACUACGACGCCUUCCAGGCCGCGCUGAACGAAGACGAGAUGAACAACGCCUUUGGCGGCCAAGAGGGCGGGGACGGCAUGGGUUCGGGGAGCGGCUACAUGGGCAGUCUGCUGAACAGCAUGAGCCUCAUGCUGGAGGAGUUCUAUACACAUCUGAGCAUGGUCGCCGUUAGUUCGCUCUACGGCACUGGAAUCGACGAGUUUUUCGAGGCAGUCAAGGAAAAGGCGGAAGAGUUCAAGCGCGACUACCAGCCAGAGCUCGAGAAGAGGCGCGAUGAGAGGGAAGAAAACAAGAAGAAGGCGAGAGAGCGGGAGCUGGACAAGAUGAUGAAGGGCAUGUCGAUGGGUGGCGGCUCGAAGGAUGUGACAGUGGGCGACAUUAUGGAGGACGACCAGGGUUUAGAUGCUAUCAGCACCGACGAAAGUAACGAUGACGAUGACGAUGACGAUGACGACGAAGAAGCCGGCGAUGGUCUACAGAACAGAUACGAGGCUGCCAUGCAGGAAGACUCGGUUGCCACAGACGCGAGUUUUGCUAAGUAUCUCUUUACGCAGCAAGGAUAA